UGGCAGAUAUCGGAUUAGGAAUGAGAGAUUUUACUGGCUUACUGACAUUGAUUGGUAGUGAUGCUGUGGACAAUAGCAUGGGACGAAUAGCAAUUGAUCCGUUAUCAUUUAUGAUGAGCGUUAUAAGUUCCUUUGGUUUAAUUGGAUUGUCAAGAAAUUUGUUAAAACAAGCAAUUGGUAAAUACAAUUGCGAAGCGCUUAGAUUUGAUACACGUGGAAUAAUGAGUACAUACAAAAAUCCUUUUAACAAUGAAUUUUACAAUAUUCGAGGACUUAUCCGUUGUAGAGUAUUGACUGAAAAUGGUUUAGAAAACGUCCCAGGAGGUGUGCGAUCAUAUUUUUUAAGCCUAAGAGGAGUUAGAGCCUGGAAAGAUAAAGUUGUAGUUUAUGCAGAUAUUAAGAAAUCUAUUAAAACCAUUUAUUGGAAGUUAGGUGUUUUGGCUGUUGUUACAGUCAUUCUUUUAUCAUUACGUUUAUUAUCAGUUAUUAGAGUGGUUGAUUUGACUGGCUUUGCUGCUUUAAUGACUUAUGUUAACGCAGUAUUAUUAGGACUUUUCGGGUUUUCUGUUUGGUUUAAUUACAUUAGGACUAUAUUUGAUGGUGAAAGCGAAGAUGAUAAUGCUGAAGAACUGGGUAAUAAACCCAAAAUGUUAACUAGAAUACUUGCUGGCUUUGCAAUGAUUACUAGCAUCAUUUCUUAUACAGCUAUAUUAAGCUUGUUACAAUAUUCUGAACCAAGUGAUAUAACAAUAUGGUUAUUGGUAGAAUGUGUAUUAUGCUUGAUACGGAUGAUAGUGUGGGCUUCACCAAAAGUAAAAGCGUUACUUGCUCCUACAUCAGAUUGUCCUAUUCAACCUAUUGAAGAAAAUGAUGAAAAUGUUUGGAAGCGGAAAUCAUGUUUAUCACAGCUCCAACAAAACAAUGGAGCCUAUUUUCAAACAUGCCAUCUGGCAAGAAUAUUGAAAAUUUACAUACCACAUUGUGUCCAAAUAAGAAUAUCAGAUACAGUUUUUGAAGACUUGCGAAAAGAAUAUACAAAUAAUUUAUUAAUAAUGAAUAAUAUUGGACUUAGAGAAUUCAAUAAUAUCCUUGGAAUUCCAGAAUGGGCAUUAGGCAAAGAUAAUACAGCAAUAGGUAAAUAUUUAAAUCAUUACGGGCAUGAAAUGUGGAUAAUGAUAGAAUGCCCCGGAGAUCCUUAUGAUCUUAAUAUACCUAUGCCUAGACCAAAAAGGCAAAUUACAAAAAAAGGUUAUUCAUUGAUUAAAGGCCAAUGGUAUGAAAUGGAUAUAAUAGGUAUAGCUAAACAGCAAGGAGUAGAUGUAGACCCUAAAGAUAUAGGAGAACCAAGACCAUGUAAUAAUCCAUUUACCAUAAAAGGAUCGAGACCUAAGAUAGACAUGAGUGGUGCACCUAAAUAUUCAGAUA